AUGUCCGUCAAACCACUCUCCAGCAUUCCCACUCUGACGAGCCUCUAUCGCUCCGGCACGCUCGUCGCCGCCGCCGCCUCCUCCUCCUCCCCCAGCAUUGUCCCAUCAACCUCCAUCAACGACCGCGUAGGCCUGGUCCGCGGCGACAUCACCAAGCUGCAGCUGGACGCCAUUGUCAACGCGGCCAAUACGAGCCUCCUGGGCGGUGGCGGGGCCGACGGCGCCAUCCACCGCGCCGCCGGUCCUGGCCUGUUAGCUGAGUGCCGCACCCUGGGCGGGUGCAGCACCGGCCGCGCCAAGAUGACACGCGGCUACGAACUACCGGCCAAGCACGUCAUACACACCGUCGGUCCCAUCUACAGCUUCUCGGCCAAGGACAAGCUGCUGGCGCAGGACCUGCUCUCCAGCUGCUACCGCGAGAGCCUCAAGGUGGCUGUUGCCGGGGGGGUGCGCACCUUGGCCUUCACCGCCAUCAGUACCGGCGUGUAUGGGUAUCCUAGCAGGGAGGCCGCGAGGGUCGCCUGCUCUACCGUCAGGGAGUUUCUCGAGGGCUCCGAUGGCUGGAAGAUUGAUAGGGUGGUGUUUGUCACAUUUGAGACCAAAGAAGGUGAUGCUUAUAGGGAUGCUCUGCCUGUGUUUUUUCCUCCAGAGACGGAGGAUUCGCAGUAG